AUGACCACCACAAAGCCACAAAACCACCGAGCUUGGUGGAAAGAGUGUUCAGUUUAUCAGAUCUGGCCCGCAUCUUAUAAAGACUCUAACGAUGACGGCAUUGGAGACAUUCCUGGAAUCAUCUCCCAGCUUGAAUAUAUCAAAAACAUCGGUGUCGAUAUUGUCUGGCUAUGCCCAUCGUACAAAUCCCCUCAAGUGGAUAUGGGAUAUGACAUUGCCGAUUACUAUAGCAUUGCUGAUGAGUAUGGUACGGUCGCAGACGUCGAGAAGCUUAUCAAAGGCUGCCAUGAUCGGGGAAUGAAGCUUCUCAUGGAUUUGGUCGUGAAUCAUACAAGUGACCAGCAUGAAUGGUUCAAGCGAUCGCGAAGCUCUAAAGAUAAUGAGUAUCGCAAUUGGUAUGUCUGGAAGCCUGCUCGAUAUGAUGAGCAGGGGAACCGUCAUCCUCCCAACAACUGGGUAUCGCACUUCCAGGGGAGCGCUUGGCAGUGGGAUGAACUCACCCAGGAGUACUACCUCCACCUGUAUGCGACAGAACAACCAGAUCUGAACUGGGAACACCCACCCGUUCGCGAUGCGGUACAUGAUAUUAUGAGAUUCUGGUUGGAUAAGGGCUGCGAUGGCUUCCGGAUGGAUGUGAUCAACUUCAUCAGCAAAGACCAGCGCUUCCUCGACGCACCUAUCAAGGACCCCCGUACGCUGUGGCAAUGGGGUGAUAGAUGGUACGCAAAUGGACCCCGACUACACGAGUAUCUCCAGGGACUGGGGAAGAUCCUUCAAGAAUAUGAUGCCUUCAGCGUGGGCGAGAUGCCAUUUGUCAAGGACGAGGAGGAAGUUCUCAAAGCUGUCCAGUUUGACCGCCACGAGAUUAACAUGAUCUUCAAUUUCGAGCAUGUGGAUAUCGACCAUGGCACAUAUGACAAGUUUGAGCCUGGUAGCUGGAAGCUUACGGACCUGAAAGAUUUCUUCCAGCGAUGGCAAACAUUCAUGUAUGCCAACGAUGGCUGGAAUGCCCUUUACUGGGAAAAUCACGACCAGCCUCGGUGUGUUGAUCGCUAUGUGAAUGCCAGCGAGGAGAAACGUUUCGUUGCGUCUAAGAUGCUGGCCAUUGCUUUGGCACUGCAAUCUGGCACACCCUUCGUGUAUCAGGGACAAGAGCUAGCAAUGGGCAAUGUUCCCAAAUCAUGGAGCAUUGAAAGCUACAAGGAUAUUGACUGUCUCAACCACUGGGAAAGGGUUAUAAAAGAACAGCCCGAUGGCAGUUCAGCCAGGAUCAGUGCUCUUGUAGAGUAUCAGAAGAAAUCUCGUGACAACGGCCGAACUCCCGUUCAAUGGUCCUCUGCUCCAAACGGUGGUUUUACCGGUCCUAAUGUCCAGCCUUGGAUGUCCGUCAACCCCAAUUUCACGACUAUCAAUGCCGAGGCACAAGUAAAUGACCCCAACUCGCCUUACCAAUUUUGGGGCAAGGUUCUGGGACUUCGCAAGAAGUUUCUCGAUGUCUUUGUUUAUGGUGACUGGGUGCUUAUCGACCAGCCGAAUCAAGAGGUCUUUGCCUACACCAGACAGUAUGGAGAUGACAAGGCUUUGGUUGUGUGCAAUUGGACUGAGGAAACCAUUGAUUGGGACGCUACAAGCAAUGGCAUUGACGGCGUCAAGGCUGUACUCUUGGAUAACUAUGAUACAGCCGAGGCUACCCAUCACUUCACUGGCGGGAAAUGGUCGCUGCGGCCAUUCGAGGCUGUUGUCUUCCUGGUGUGA